CGCGCGCCGGGCACGCGCGCCGGCGACCAUGGCGUUCGCCGGGCUGGAGCGAGUACAUUAACCCCUGGAGGCGGCGGCGAGGGAGCGAGCCUCGAGCGGGCGGGCCCCAGCCUGAGGGAAGGGAGGAAGGGGCGGGGAGAGCGCCAGAGGGAGGCCGGUCGGCCGCGGGCGGGCGGGCAGCGCAGCGCCGAGCGAGGCCCGCGGGCCCAUGAGGAGGCCCGGGGACCAUGGGCUCCAGGAUCAAGCAGAAUCCAGAGACCACAUUUGAAGUAUAUGUUGAAGUUGCCUAUCCCAGGACAGGUGGCACUCUUUCAGAUCCUGAGGUGCAGAGGCAAUUCCCGGAGGACUACAGUGACCAGGAAGUUCUACAGACUUUGACCAAGUUUUGUUUCCCCUUCUAUGUGGACAGCCUCACAGUUAGUCAAGUUGGCCAGAACUUCACGUUCGUGCUCACUGACAUUGACAGCAAACAGAGAUUCGGGUUCUGCCGCUUAUCUUCAGGAGCGAAGAGCUGCUUCUGUAUCUUAAGCUAUCUCCCCUGGUUCGAGGUAUUUUAUAAGCUGCUUAACAUCCUGGCAGAUUAUACGACAAAAAGACAGGAAAAUCAGUGGAAUGAGCUUCUUGAAACUCUGCACAAACUUCCCAUCCCUGACCCAGGAGUGUCUGUUCAUCUCAGCGUGCAUUCUUAUUUUACUGUGCCUGAUACCAGAGAACUUCCCAGCAUCCCUGAGAAUAGAAAUCUGACAGAAUAUUUUGUGGCUGUGGAUGUCAACAACAUGUUACAUCUGUACGCCAGUAUGCUGUACGAACGCCGGAUACUCAUCAUUUGCAGCAAACUCAGCACUCUGACUGCCUGCAUCCACGGGUCUGCAGCGAUGCUCUACCCCAUGUACUGGCAGCACGUGUACAUCCCCGUGCUGCCGCCACAUCUGCUGGACUACUGCUGUGCUCCCAUGCCCUACCUCAUAGGAAUCCAUUUAAGUUUAAUGGAGAAAGUCAGAAACAUGGCCCUGGAUGAUGUCGUGAUCCUGAAUGUGGACACCAACACCCUGGAAACCCCCUUCGAUGACCUCCAGAGCCUCCCAAACGAUGUGAUCUCUUCCCUGAAGAACAGGCUGAAAAAGGUCUCCACAACCACUGGGGAUGGUGUGGCCAGAGCGUUCCUCAAGGCCCAGGCCGCUUUCUUCGGUAGCUACCGAAACGCUCUGAAAAUCGAGCCGUGGUCAUCUGAAGUCAAGAUCAUGUCCUGGGAAUGAAGCAAGGAUAAGGGGAGGUGCUUCUGCCCCAGGACUUCAGGGACCAUCACUAUAACUCUGUGGCUCUAAGUGGCUAAGGAGGCCACCGAAUGUGAUGGAAGGAGUAUGGCCUUUGGAAUCACCGGGGUUUUAAUUCUGCCUCUGUCAUCUACUAGAAGAUGACUCUGGAAGUCACUUCACCACCCUGAGACUCACUCUUCUUGUGUGUAGAAUGUAAAUAAUGCAUACCUGGUAGGACUGUUGAGAAAAAUAGCAAUAAUACGCACCAAACACCAGCAUAGUGCCUUGCUGAUAGUAGAUGUUAACUAAAUGAUAGUAACCAUCCCUGGGUGACAAAGUAAAGGAGGAAGAGAAAGACGAGACCGCCACAUUUUAGAAUAGUGGUGUCCAUACUUGUUCAGCAAGUGUCCGAGAACCUGGAGCCAUGCAAAACACACUGAAAUUAUUCUGGCCCAUUUAAUUCUUUCUUUUGAACUAAUUGUGAAAGUAUGGCUUUUAUCUCAAAUGAUACAUAAAGGAUUUGAAAUAAAUCACAUAUUUAAUUACUUCCUUUAAUAUUUAUUUGUUAUUUAUUCAUUUUACUGCCCACCAGCACUUAUAGAUAAAUAGGGGUGGU